AGAACAUACACCUACGGUUACUACAUACAUGCUAUACAUCUACCACCAAAGACCUCUAAUGAGGCAAUGCCAAUGAUACCAUUGACCUAUUCUCCCUCACUCACGUAGACAUAUACCAACACAACACAACACAACUUAAAAAUGUCACAAACUCCCCUCCGUCUACUUUUUCGAACCUCUCAACCCCUCCGCCGCCACCACCAUCACCACCCCCGUCACCACGAACCAAGGGCGUUUAUCCAAGCAUGUCGAAACAUUAGUACCGGACCAUCUUUACGACCAACGAAUCAUAAUAGACCUGCGAGCGCCAUUUCCAAGUCUGUGUCUGUUCCCUCGAGUCGACGACCGUUUUCCAGCUCGAGCGCAGUCCGCGCAACCUCCGUUGUACAAAAUCCCCGAGUCGACGAUGAUGGAGUCGAUAUGAGUAUUGAAAUCUCAGAGCGGGCGGCCAAGCGACUGCGGCAAAUCACCAGUUCACCAGCCAAGAAAAACACACUCGUUUCCUCAUCGUCACCUUCAAAUCAGGACUCUCAUUUACGUGUCACAGUCACAUCCGGCGGAUGCCAUGGUUUCCAAUAUCUGAUGUCAUUGGAGGAUGCGUCGAAAAUCGAUCAAGAGGAAGAUACGGUGUUUGCGGUCGAUCCGUCAGAUGGGGACGCAGAUGGGACGACACCUGAUGGUGAGGCCAAGGGCAAGGCACAAGUCGUCAUGGAUUUGCCUUCGUUGGAACUCCUCAAGGGAAGUACCGUCGAUUUCACCACAGAGUUGAUCGGUAGUCAGUUUAAAAUUGUGGGUAAUCCUAGAGCUACCAGUAGUUGUGGCUGUGGAACCAGUUUUGAUAUUCAAUGAUGGAUGAAGCAAUUUUUUGGAUUUCAAGUCAUGGUCGCAAUCAUGUUCAGCGCAAGAGCACCACCGUUCAGUUCAGUUCAUCUCAUCUCAUCUCAACUCAGCUCAAUUCAACGCAGCCAAGCUCGGCGCAGUUCAGUUCAAGUAAACUGUCUUCCCGUGGCCUCCAUAUCGACG